UUGAGUAAAUUUGUUACAUUUGCAUGACAAUGAAUUUAUUUGAACUCUGUACCCAUUUGUUAUUUAUUUAAAGUUUUUGUGCACAUUAAAUAAAACGGAACUCUCUUUUUUAUUUAGUUACGAAAUUGUGUACACACGAUAACACAACAUCCGCGAUAAGAUAAUAAUUAAGAGUUAUAAAAAUAAUUCGCAGAUUGUAAUUAUAGUUUUUGAACUGAACGAAGAUCUGGAUUUUUAAAGUAAUUUCAAAAUGUUAAAAGUUUUACCUUACUCGCAAAGUAUUAGACGAUUGUCUACAAAACUCAAGACUACAGAGAAUGUUGGGCCUGUUGUAUUCCAUCGUCUGACUGGAGAAGACAAGGGUAUCGCCGUUUAUGGCCUGAACAGCCCUAAACAGAAGAAUGCGCUUGGGUUUGAACUACUCGCUGCAAUGAGAGAAGUGAACUCAAUUCUCAAGGAAGAUACAAAAAUCUCAGUUGUAAUACUACAUAGUCUAGUUCCAGGCAUAUUUUGUGCCGGUGCCAAUUUGAAGGAAAGGUUCAAAAUGAAUGAUGAUGAGGUUGCAUCAUUUGUAAGAGGAUUAAGGCAAACCUUCAUAGAUGUUGAGGAUCUUCCGAUGCCAACAAUUGCUGCAAUAGAAGGAGUGGCUGUAGGAGGAGGGUUGGAACUAGCCCUGGCAUGUGACAUAAGAGUUGCAGCUGAUACUGCAAAGCUUGGCCUGGUGGAAACUGGAAGAGGACUUAUACCUGGUGCCGGGGGCACUCAAAGGCUGCCAAGAGUCAUUCACAGUAAUAUUGCAAAAGAACUAAUAUUCACAUCAAGAAUUAUAAGCGGCAAAGAAGCUCAACAACUAGGUGUAGUCAAUCAUUCAGUCCAGCAGAACAGCACAAAUACUGCAGCUUUCGAUAAAGCUUUAAGCUUAGCUCGUGAAAUUACUGCUAAUGCACCCAUUGCUCUGAGAUGUGCUAAGCAAGCCAUUAACGAGGGCAUACAACUGAGUAUAAAAGAUGGAUAUGAGGUGGAACAAAAGUGCUAUGAGAUAAAUAUUCCCACAAAAGAUCGGCAAGAGGGGAUGCUGUCUUUUAUUGAGAAAAGAAAGCCACAAUACAAAGGACAUUAGUUAUUUAAACAUUAUGCUAAUAUACAGGAAUUUUAUAGAAAUGUUAUAUUUGUACAAGUUUA